UCAGUCCACCGCGCUGAGAAACCGAAAGUAUCUGUUCAUCCCGAGAGCUCGACGCUCACAAGGCAAACAAAGAACAGCCAGCUUUCUCUGAACUAUUUUCUCCUGAGCUAUAGAGCUCAUCUACAGACUGAUGAAGAUGGUUCACACCGACAAAAAGUCAACUUCCUGUUUUAAUUUCGUCUUGUUUGGAAAAGCAGGUUCAGGAAAAAGCGCAGCAGGAAACACAAUAUUGGGGCGAAAAGCUUUCACCUCAAAGAAAAGUCCCGUCUCUCUCACCCGAGAUGUCACAAUUGAACGUGGCACAAUUUCUGGUGUCCCCAUUACUGUUUACGACACUCCAGGAUUCUUUAACACUGAGCUGAGUGAGGAUGAGAUCAGACAGAAAUGUCAGAGCGUUUUCAGCUCAUGUGAGUCAGAAUCAGACUUCUGUACGUAUCUGCUGGUCAUCAGGGCAGACAGGUUCACUGAGGAAGAGCAGAAAGCUGUGCAGAAAGUCGAGAUCAUGUUAGGGCAAAAUCGUAUGGAGAAGACCUGGAUCCUCUUCACUGGAGGAGAUGAACUAGAGGAAGGGGCUCAGACCAUAGAAGAAUUUAUCAGUGAUACAGAACCUCUGAAGGAGCUGGUGAAGAGAUACCAUGGCAGAUACCACGUCUUCAACAACAAGAUAAAAAGUGCCUGUGAGCAAGUUAAACACCUUCUGGGGAAAGUUGCCAUGAAAUUAGCAAAUACUGCACAACAUCUGCGUAGAAAAAAGACAACACCAACAACAACAACCAGCAGCAGUUCUGACAGGAGGAUUGUGCUGUUGGGGAAAACUGGAGCUGGCAAGAGUGCAACAGGAAACACCAUCCUGGGAAAGAAAUGUUUCAAAUCUGACUUUAGUUUAAAGUCUGUCACCAGUGAGAGUAAAACUUGUGAGGGCCGUGUUGGAGACAGUAAUGUGUGUGUGAUCGAUACUCCGGGUGUCUUUGACACGUCUGCUGAUCCUGCUCAAAUAGCUGCAGAAAUAGUGAGGAGUAUCAGUUUGUCCUCUCCAGGACCUCAUGCUUUCCUCAUUGUUCUGCAGUUGAGCAGGUUUACAGUUCAGGAAAUGCAAAUUAUUGAGCAAAUUGAAAUGAUGUUUGGAGAGGAAGUGAGGAAAUAUGCAAUGGUUCUCUUCACUCAUGGAGAUCAGCUAAAGGGAAGAAACCUAGAGAAACUCAUUAAUGAGAAUGAGGCUUUAAGUAAACUUGUCCAGCAGUGUGGAGGUGGAUAUCAUGUCUUUAAUAAUAAAGAGAGAAGAAACAGAGAACAGGUCAGUGAGUUACUGCAGAAGAUAGACAGAAUGGUGGAGGAGAAUGGAGGAACCUGUUACUCCAAUGAGAUGUUUGAGGAAGCAGCAAAAUUCAAACAGGAGGAGGAGGAGAGGAAGAGGAGACAAGAAGAAGAAAGAAAACAAAGAGAGGAAGAACAAAGACAGAAAGAAAUAGAAAAAGUAAAGCAAGAGAUAGAGACAAGAGUAAGACGCGAAAUAGAGGAAGAACAGAUGAGAAAAGUGCAGUCAGAAAAGAAAGAAGGCCCAGUAGGGUUAGAAAAGAAAGACAGACAAACAGGAGAGAAAACAAACACACCUCCAAGCGAGAUGGGAAACACUUCGCAAGCCAAUACUGGGAAUAAGACAAACCCUGAUGAUAACCGAAGUGAUGGGAGAUUUUUCAAGAAGAAGUGGUUGAUUAUUUUGUUAGCUGUAGUUGUAGGUGCAAGUGUAGGUGUAGGUUUAGGUGUAGGUUUAGGUUUAGCUGUAUGUGUAGGUGCAGGUGUAGGUGCAGGUGUAGGUGCAGGUUUAAGUGCAGGUUUAGGUACAGGUGCAGGUUUAGCUCUUAUGUAGAAAAAGUGGUAGGAGGUAAAAUUGUUGGUGCUGCUGCUGACUUACAGAACUGAACAUAAGAUAAAACAAUGGAGAGUUUAUUUCAUAAACAGUUUUAAUAACAUCUACAGUUUCUCACUCAACAUUAGACAGUUAUUGAUUCACUGAAAUCAGCUGAGUUCAUGUCUUACACAUCUUUGUGAUUGUUUAUUUGAAAGUGUGUAGAUCUCUGAUUAACAUUUUCUAUUCAUCUUUCAGAUACAUGCAUGUUUUUACUCCAAAGAUUCUCAAUUCCACAAACACUGGAUUAAUGUUCUUGUAAUGACGAGUAAAUGAGUUUAUACAAUCCUGUUUCCCUGGAAUGACAUUGUUAAAGCAAAUUCUGUCACAUCUUUAUUUGAUCACCACAGACUUUUACAUAAUAAUAAUAAUAAUAAUGCAUGUAAAAUCAGUGAGCUCAGUUCUGUUGAUAUAUUCUACUGUACUCUAUAUACAGUUGCUUUAUUUUGUACUUUGCCAGGAGUAUAAUUACUUUAUGACUGUAUGUUGAAAAAAAUGUGUGAAUUCUGAAGAUUUAAAGAACAAAGUAAAAUAUCUAUCUAUCUAUCUAUCUAUCUAUCUAUCUAUCUAUCUAUCUAUCUAUCUAUCUAUCUAUCUAUACAGUAAAUUCCCCAGUGUUGAAUUAACACUUUCAGAGUUCAUUUGUGUCCAAUUGGAGAUAAACACAGUAGGGUGUUAAAUCGACACUCUGGGUGUUAAUUCAACACUGGGGAUUUUACUGUGUAUCUAUCAGUACUACAAAAUUGAUAUAAUCCAGUAAAUCUGUUGUCACAGUGAUGAUUUACAGAAAUAUUUAUUUUGUUAUAUAAAGUGGUAAAUUGGCACAGGUAGGUUACAGCAAUAUUGUAGAUUACAAAAUAAGGCAAGAAGAUAAUAAAGUAAUCAGGUGUUUUCCACACA